CUUUGGCUGAAAUGAACGUUUGCAUUCCUGAUCACAGUCACAACUAACUGUAAGAGGUCCAGGGCAAGCUUCGCAACUAUAAGCUUCCAUCCGAGAUGCAUCAGGCCACAACAUUAAGAUUACAAGGUAAGAGAAGCCGGAGAGCUCAAUCAUUCAAUGUCGCCAAGACAAAGAUUGUCAUCUUCUUCCUAUCUGCCUUUUGGUUGUUCUCUUUCGUGAAUCAUCAGUCUUCUCUGUUGUCUCUCCACACGCCGUCGCAUGCUGAGAAGUGGGAUCCACUGAGUCUUGCAUCAGCCGCAAUUGUCGCUCAAGAUCCCGUUGGGAAAGGGUCAAGGGUCCCCGACCAGGUGGAUCUUUUGCGAGCGGCUGCUCAAACUCAGCUGGAGAGACACUCAAAGAUAUCAAUUGACAUCAUCAGUGUUGGCUCUCACGCGAGACCAAUAUACCAAGAAGCACAAGAAAGAUUUUUUGGACCAAAAGAUUCCGUCAGAAAUUUUUUUCGAAUAACUGAGGAGGACGACACCGAAGCAGAUUGUUCCAGCAAGUUGACCACCUCGCAAUUGGAAAAGGUCGUCACCUUCUGCAAGUCUCGUAGUCGUGUGCUAGGAGAGGAAUUUUUUCAUUUGAAGCAAAUGGCGACUCAUUAUGCACGAGUACAAUGGUUGAAUAAAAAAGCCAACGCAAUUGGAUGGCUUUGCGCUCAGAAACGGCCCUUUGAUGGCCUUGUGAAAGCUUUAGGCGCAUACAGGGCGCAAGGUACUCCCGAUUAUUUGUUGGUUUUGGACGACGAUUCUUGGGUUAAUAUCGAUCAAUUGGAGGUGAGUCUUCCAUCAAUGUAUCCAGCCAAAACUCCCUACGCUGUGGCGGGGUGUAUGCUUCGCUCUCGGGUGCGGGAACACAAUUUUACGUUUCCCUACGGAGGCUGGGGAAUGAUCUUUAGCCGAUCCGCAAUUGAAAACCUGAUGAAACCUCUAUUUUGCUACAACACUACCGACAGAAUAGAGGAUGAAUUUCUGCGGUUAGCCUGUUGGCGUCUUUCGGAAAAUUCUAUUGGUGAGCAGAAAGUUUUUCGAGAAGGCAUGAGUGUGGCGCAACUCAUGCAUGCAUAUGUGACGGAUCAGCCAUAUCAGCAAGUCGAUUCUUGGAAUUCCGUUGGCUAUUGCUUGCACAGCGACUGGGUUUGGGGAUACUUUGCAAAUUUUUAUCACAUUUCGGUGCAUGCAAAUACUCCUUAUUUUUCUCAGGUUCUUGAGGAUCGUUUACAAGGAUUCAACGGUUCCGAGAUAUACACAGGAAGGCGAACACCGGCAAAUGACCAACUAAGGCGAGAGUGCCGGAACGAAGGCGACGAUAUGUGUACGAAAAACUCUAAUAUUUGUCAUUAUGUGACUCCGCAGCAUAUGGAGAAACUGGCUUGGCAGCUCUCGCGCUAA